AUGAGCAGAAAGAUGUCAACAAAGCUCAAAUACUAUGACAUUGGCGUAAAUUUGAGUGACCCCAUGUACAAAGGAAUUUACAAUGGCAAAAAAUACCACGAAGGCGAUCUUCAACGAGUAUUAAAUCGUGCUGGAAAGGCCGGUGUUCGCACGAUGCUUUUGACGGGAUCUUCAUUCCAAGAGUCUCAAGAAGUAGCCAAAUUGGCAUCAAUUUGGAACCAAAAACCUUCCAAGGUGUACUAUACGCUAGGGGUUCAUCCUUGCUGCGUCAAUGAGUUUGUUCUAGCAGGACAUAACUCCGGAAUCGAUAAUCCCAGCAAUGAUGAAGAAUUCAACAAUCGACUAGAAGUCACCGAUUUCGCUUACACUAGGCGCAAACUUCAAGAUAUGUAUGCGCUGAUUGCAUCCAAGGCUCACGAGGAUCCCAACUUCAGAGCAAUUGGUGAAAUUGGGCUCGAUUACGAUCGUUUUUACUACUCAUCGCGGAAAUUACAACUUUUAUUCUUUGAAGAACAAUUGAAAAUGAGCUGUUUCUUCCCCAAAGUACCACUUUUCUUGCACAUGCGCAACUGCUGCAAAGAUUUCGUCGCUAUACUGUCAAAAUUCAUUCUUGGGUUUGUCGACGAGAAAGAUCAAUUCGAAUGGAGAAACACCAUACAGGAACAACAAUCAAGUGCGGAGGAUGGGCCUCAAACUCACGGCGAAAGUGGGGUUCGGUACAAGUUUUCGCCUGCGCGCAAAUUCGUCGUCCAUUCUUUCACAGGAUCGGUUGAAGAAAUGAGCCAGAUUUUAAACCUGGGUCCCAAUUGCUACAUUGGAAUGAACGGUUGUUCUUUCAAAACCCAAGAAAAUCUCGACUGCGUGAAACAAGUGCCUCUAAAGAGAUUAUUGCUCGAAACGGAUGCCCCUUGGUGUGACAUUAGACGUACUCACGAGUCCUACAAAUAUUUGUUCGAGAACGCAGAAUGUAGGAACCCGGAGAAGGAAGAUCCUUGGGAACACGGCCUUCAACGCGCUUACCCUGAGCUUCCACAGUGGUUUGCAUCUGUCAAGCGCGAUAAACUCGUUAAGAAAACCGAGGAAUCCUGGGACGAAAUAAUGGUAAAGUCCCGCAAUGAACCUUGCACGAUGGGCCAUGUCACGACGGUAGUAGCCAAUUGCAAACAGCUGCCACUUGAACAAGUUGCAGAAAUUGUCUGGCAAACAAGUUGCGACGUUUAUGGGGCAUGA